UGGUUAAAAUCAUAUGGCUAUCUGCUACCCUAUGAUUCGCGGGCAUCUGCGUUGCACUCAGGGAAGGCCUUACAGUCAGCAGUCUCCACUAUGCAGCAGUUUUACGGGAUCCCAGUCACCGGUGUGUUGGAUCAGACAACAAUCGAGUGGAUGAAGAAACCCCGGUGUGGUGUCCCUGAUCAUCCUCACUUGAGCCGCAGGAGGAGAAACAAGCGCUAUGCCCUGACUGGACAGAAGUGGAGGCAAAAACACAUCACCUACAGCAUUCACAACUAUACCCCAAAGGUGGGUGAGCUGGACACAAGAAAAGCUAUUCGCCAGGCUUUUGAUGUGUGGCAGAAAGUGACCCCACUGACCUUUGAAGAAGUGCCAUACCAUGAGAUCAAAAGUGACCGGAAGGAGGCUGACAUCAUGAUCUUCUUUGCUUCUGGUUUCCAUGGCGACAGCUCCCCAUUUGAUGGGGAAGGAGGAUUCCUGGCCCAUGCCUACUUCCCUGGCCCGGGGAUUGGAGGAGACACUCACUUUGACUCAGAUGAGCCGUGGACACUAGGAAAUGCCAACCAUGAUGGGAAUGACCUCUUCCUGGUGGCUGUGCAUGAGUUGGGCCAUGCGCUGGGGCUGGAGCACUCCAAUGACCCCAGCGCCAUCAUGGCGCCCUUCUACCAGUACAUGGAGACGCACAACUUCAAGCUGCCUCAGGAUGAUCUCCAGGGCAUCCAGAAGAUCUACGGACCCCCAGCUGAGCCCCUGGAGCCCACAAGGCCUCUCCCCACGCUCCCCGUCCGCAGGAUCCACUCGCCCUCAGAGAGGAAGCAUGAGCGCCAGCCCAGGCCCCCUCGGCCACCCCUCGGGGACCGGCCAUCUACACCAGGCGCCAAACCCAACAUCUGUGAUGGCAACUUCAACACAGUGGCCCUCUUCCGGGGAGAGAUGUUUGUGUUCAAGGACCGCUGGUUCUGGCGCCUGCGCAAUAACAGGGUGCAGGAGGGCUACCCCAUGCAGAUUGAGCAGUUCUGGAAGGGCCUGCCUGCCCGCAUAGAUGCAGCCUACGAAAGGGCCGACGGAAGAUUUGUCUUCUUCAAAGGUGACAAAUACUGGGUGUUUAAGGAGGUGACAGUAGAACCUGGAUACCCCCACAGCCUGGGGGAGCUGGGGAGCUGUCUUCCCCGAGAAGGUAUCGACACAGCUCUGCGCUGGGAACCUGUGGGUAAGACCUACUUCUUCAAAGGGGAGCGGUACUGGCGUUACAGCGAAGAACGGCGGGCCACGGACCCUGGCUACCCCAAGCCCAUCACUGUGUGGAAAGGCAUCCCCCAGGCUCCCCAGGGAGCCUUCAUCAGCAAGGAAGGAUAUUACACCUACUUCUACAAGGGCCGUGACUACUGGAAGUUUGACAACCAGAAACUGAGUGUGGAGCCAGGCUACCCGCGCAAUAUCCUGCGUGACUGGAUGGGCUGCAACCAGAAGGAAGUGGAGCGGCGCAAGGAGCGGCGGCUGCCCCAGGAUGAUGUGGACAUCAUGGUGACCAUCAAUGACGUGCCAGGCUCUGUGAAUGCUGUGGCUGUGGUCAUCCCCUGCAUCCUGUCCCUCUGCAUCCUGGUGCUGGUCUACACCAUCUUCCAGUUCAAGAACAAGGCAGGCCCUCAACCUGUCACGUACUAUAAGCGGCCAGUCCAGGAAUGGGUAUGAGCAGCUCAGAGUCCUCUCUGUCCACUCAGUCUAGCCGGUCAGACCCUUCCUCACCAGGGUCUAAGGGCAGCUCUGGCCACUGCCUACCAGGCCAGCAGGGCCCUAGGCCAGGGAUCGUGCAGCUGAAGUGGUGGGUGCAUUGGCCUAGGCUGAGCGUGGGCCAGGGAGUGAUGGCGCUGUGCCCUAGGGUGGGUCUCUGGCACACAGCUGCCAGUCUUCUGUCCUGGGUUAACUGUCCCCACCUCAUGGGGAUAGACCAGGCCCCACCAGGAGGCAAGGACCAUGCCAGGAGGAAGCUCUGUGGUCACUGCAGCCUGUGUUGUCCAUGAGGCAUCACAGCUCCCAUCCUGGCUGGACCCUGUGGUCAUUGCAGCCUGUGGUGUCCAUGAGGCAUCACAGCUCCCAUCCUGGCUGGACCCAGCACCUUCUGUGGGAAGCAAGCACUAGUGCUCAGUUCCACCUGAGAGAUGUCACCAGUCCUGGCCCCCUCUUUGCCAACACCUGCUGGUCAGAUGUCCCCCUACCCCCACCUCACUAUCCUCCAAAGCUACAGGACCCCUGCUGGGCAACAAGCCUGGGUUUCCCCUGCUGGCACACAGCAGAUUCCUCAGGAAACCUGCUCCACACAUCAAGGUCUCCUCUGAGACCCAGGAUUUAUGGUCACAUGCUGCAGGCAGGGCUGUGGCCCAGCUGGGUCUGACAAGGACCCAGCUGUCACGUAUGAAUAUUUAAAUGUCCUGUCACUAAUGUUUAAAGUCCCAUUCUGCAAAGGCUGCUUGAGGCUUUAGGUGAAUUAGAAGUGACUGUCUUGGCGAUGAGGCCAGCUUGAUAGGCCCUCUCCCAGGUGAUAAGGACCAAGGUGCUGCUAAGGUUACCCUAGUACCCAGACAGCCCAGGAGCUGAGCCCUGUUUAUGAAACAAAAAGGCCUGGAACAGGAGCUAACCCCAUUUCUGGAAGCCAAUCUGAGUUUGUGACUGUCCUUCACUAAGCCCCAUCAUCUUUUACCCUCUUCCAAAUGCCCCAUGCCCCAGUCCUGCUCCAGCCUAUGGGCUUACACCUUGCAAGCUCAGCCUGACUAGUUAGAUGAAGAACUGGCUCCAGGCCAACAAUCUUAGGGCCUUGGGGUAAGGAGCCCAGGGCAGCCUUCAGAAGUGCUCAGAGCCUGAAGUUGACUCAAUGUCUCAGCCCAGAAACAUCACUUACACCUUGAGCUUGGUCCUUGUCGAGCCAGCUCACAGGGCCCAUCUUCCUAUAUUGCUCUUUGGAAAAGGGCACCUCCAAAUGGUAGCAGCCCCAAAUCUAGGGGCUUUUCCGACCCUUCUUGGGCCCACCUUUCACUCUGUGGAAAGAUUUCUAGGGCUCAGCUUGCCUCACUCCAGCCCAGUAAAAGCAACCCUACUUGUCACUGAGGAACGUUAGGUGAGACCAAUGGGUUCAGCAAUCCCCACUGGCUCUCUGCCAAAGCCAAGAAGUUUGGGUCUUCAGGGUGCUGGCAGGGUCUCAGAUGCCACCCCUAUCCUCUGAGCCUAGCUGGGUUAUGUCCCUACCCCAUGGCCUCUAGACUUGGGGUUGACUUAACCUGUCAUAGACAGGGAUAUUCUGCUGCCCUGGGAGCUAUCUCAAGCAAAAUCUCUGUUGUCCCAGAGGUAUCAAAAUGGGCCCACUGUGCUCCCUGUCAUUAUCCUUCUGUUUUUUCUCAUUUUGGCCAAGGGCGGGUUCCCUGGGGCGGGUGGGGAACAACUGCAAAGAUAUUAGUGAUUCAUAGGUUUGUACAGUGUUUUAUACUUUGCAAAGCACUUUAUUAGCUCACAUCUGUCCAUUCACAUCAAACUCCCCCAGGAGGCUGAGGGUAACUCUCAUCGUGCCCUCCAAUGAAGCACGGAGAGGCUGUUACUUACCCUGGCCAUUUACUGGGCUGGCUGGGCCUGGACCCCUGUAGGAUCCAGGAUGAGAUCAGAAGUGUCUCUUUUAUUCAUCUUUUCCUGGCCUCCUUUACCCCCUUUCCCUUCCACUCCUCAGGUUGGUGCUCUCACUUCUUGAAAGCUCUAGGACCCCCAGCCUCCCUGUUGGCUCCUGGUACUACUGAGGCCAGCUAAGAAAGAGCAGGAGAUGGAGGCAGGCAGCCCAGACUGCAGAUGUGAGGGAUGCGGAGCCAGGCCCAGAGAGGGCUCGGCCUGGAGGCUUUCAAUCUUGGGUUCUCCUGCCUUGUGGUCAUCUGUUUGUCCGUCACCCCAGGACACAGCAGACAGACAGAGGGGCCAAGCACUGGGGCCCCAGAGCCUAGCUUCCCCUCUGUCUGGGGAACAUCACAGCAUUUCAGUGUCAGUCACAUUUUAAACUGAUCAGCCUUUGUAUAAUGUUUUUUAAAUCAUUUCUAAAUAAAACUAAAAUACAGAAUGUGUCAUUUUCCUGGGAUGUGGGAACAAAGAUUCUUAGUGUGGCCUUAAGCUGGUAGAGGGGGCCCUGCCCCAAUGCAUGUCAUCCCCAGGUCCAGGAUUCCAGCCCCUCCAAAAGGCUGGCCCUGAAAAACCAUAAAUACAGCCUAAUAAUACCUCACUGGGAUGCAGGGAUGGGGUAGGGGCAAUGUCCCUAGGGUUCAGCAAUCCCCACUGGCUCUCUGCCAAAGCCAAGGGAGGGUCAACACAGCAAGGUCUCCUCCAAAGUCAAGGAGUAGAGCGCAAAAGCACAAGACAGCAAUAAGAGACAAACGCGAGGUCAUGUCAGCAGCCUUGAUCGCGUGUUACCGGGGGCCCUGGCCUGGUUUGGGAUGUCAUUAUCAGGCAGUUGGGGAAGCUGUGAGGUGAGGGCGAGCACGCAGGCCUGAGGUGGUUUGUGUGCAGACUGAGACGCAACCGAGCUGGGAAUGCUGGGAGGGCCGAAGGCCAGUCGGACCCGUGGUAUCCUCUAGUACCCCAUGACCUCUACAACUCUCCUAGGCAACUUUCCUAGUUGCAGGGGGAGGAGGGGGGACGAGGGGGGAGAGCAGGGCGGGCAGGAGGUGUGAGACACCGGGUCACGAGAGACAGGCGGCUCUAAGGACAGGAGGCGGCGACCAGCGUGGCAAAUCAGUACCAGGAGGUACAGGCGAUGAGGAAACGCACGUCGUCCAGCGGCCCCCAGGGGCCUGGCUCAGGCCGGGGUCUUUCAGGGCCCCCAGGCGCCGCGGGCUCGGGCUGGGGCUGCGGUAGCGCCGGCUCUGGGGCGCCCUGGCCGCCGCUCAGCAGAGC